GUUGAUCGACCGGGCCUCGCUGGGGGUCUUUGUUCGCGUGCCUGGCACGUGCCAGUCGCGAGCCACUGAGCCUAACAAAGCGAUAUAUGGCCAGGAUUUGGGCUUUAUUCUCCCCCUGUGCUUUGUUCCUAUUGGGUAGCACCGAGACCAGAAGGGUCCAUAAUUUAUGCACACUGUCCUACUGGGUUGCGGUAGGGCUAAGCUGGCAAUGAGUGAUGUUUUGUUUAGGUUCCUUCUUUAUUGUGGUCUAGCUCCCAGAACUUGGUGGACAAAGACAGUUUUGAGAGGUUAUUUUCAACCACACACAGACUCACAGUUGUAAUUUGGCAGCUCUGAAGCUAGGUUGGAUUUAGUACAUCACUCCCAGGACUUAACCAUUUUAGGACAAAUUAUAGAGGAAGAAUAUAUUGUCAUUGUCAAAAUUUUGCAGACCUUUGCAAAAGCAAGCAGCCAUGUUCACAUUCCACCGUCCCAAGAUCUACCGCAGUGUAGCUGGGUGCUGUAUCUGCAAGGCCAAGUCAUCCAGCUCCAGAUUCACAGACAGCAAGAAGUAUGAGAUGGAGUUCAAGAACUGCUUCAACCUGGUGGAGGGCCAGCAGAGACAAGGAGAGAUCUGCAACGCCUGUGUGCUACUCAUCAAGAGGUGGAAGAAACUACCCAAGGGAACCGAGAGGAAUUGGAACCAUGUAGUAGAUGCCAGGGCGGGGCCAGGGGGGAAGUCCCAGCUGAGGCAGAAGCUCAAAACCCAGAAGACCGCGCCCACCAACCUCUACUCCAACAACUGCAACAACAACAACCCCGGCUCCCUGGUGACGGAGCACGGGUGGAGCCGGAGACACAAGAGGAAGCACGCCGAGCGGAAGAGGAGGAUGCAGCUCCUGGACGGGCUGAGAGCAAGGAGUCACCCUGACACGGAAGAUGCAUCGCCACCUAGCCCCACCCCCAGUGAUGCCUCAGACAUCUCAGUAGCCUCCCAGCCAAGAUCUAGAACAGGCUUAAUAUCAUCAGAUGACUUGGAUGAACUACCCCCUCUACUGGCCUCCAUCAUUGACACUUCUUACUGGAAAAUGGAGAAGAUUUGUUGUGGGACCAUCUUCAAGGGGGUGCGAGGAGAGAUCAUGGUGCACCCACAGCUCCUCAGACCGUGCGCAAACUCCUGCCUGGGGUCAGGGGUCAGACGGCCGACCCCUAGCCCCGCCCACAGGUCACCCUCUGACCCCUCUUCCCAGCACAAGCCAAGCCCUGCCCUCUCUUGCAACAAGGGUGUGGUCAGCAGCGACCCCAUCGCAGCAGUGACCAACAAGCGUGGGGCGAGACAGGACAGUAUCGGUAGCGAGGGAUCCAACGACAGCUCGGAGUCGGAUGACCUCAGCUUAUUAGCUCACUCUGCAGAGGUCGAAGGGCAGAGGUUAACAGGAAGUGACAUCAUGGAAUCAUGCUAGUGUUGCAUGUGUCCUCUUCCAAGAUAUUAUAAGACUUCCUGAACUGUUGUUUGUUCCCUCAACCUUGGUCAAAAGAAUAUUGUGUUGUACUUGAAUGUCAGCGCCGGAAUCAAGUGAGUUCUUCCUCAAAAUCGUCCAGCCUUUAGAUUCGUAUGUCUGUUUACGGAAGAGCGAGAUGUGAAUUGGUCUGCAUGUAGAGGUCAGAUCUCCAAUCUUUACAUAAACACAGCC